AUGCUCGUCGUGACAACUAACAAAUUUACAACGCGGCACACCGGCUAUGGAAUUGGCGCAUCUGGUAAAAGCAACUUCAGCCUAAGGAAACAGCCAGCACUUUACUCUCAGAGGGGGGUGGGCUAUCCGCCCUUUGAUUCACCACAAGGUGUUUCAAGCAGCAGAUGGGAAAUUGGCAGGUCUUGCAUUGGGAGCGUCACUGAUCAAGGCCCCAUGACAUUUUCGGAUGUGCUGCUGUCUUUGGCACUGUUUAGUUUCGCAUUCUGCCUCACGAUCCAACUGGUUCAAGGUACUAUAACCUCGACUGAUGGCGCCGGGAAAGAUGCGAGCAACAGUUGCCUAGCAAUUUGCCUUGUGGAUAGAUACUUUUACGUCCUUAACUUCACUCAACCCAGUGCGACUCGCCCAGAAACCAGUGACCUCGUGUUGUCUCAUUCCAGCACACUGCCGUGGCUCGGUCGGAUGCUCGGAAAUGCAACACCAGAGGUCAGCGGCCCUUGA